GUGAACAGGCCAGGUUCUUUGUCUAUAUAAUUGAGCUGAUUUAGGUGACACUAAUAUUGUUCUAAAUUCGUACAUGUAAAAGGACUGCCACUUUUAUAACAGGCACCAAUACAUCAGCAAGAAACCUUUUAUGUAAACGGAAAGACGGCCUAAGUAAGGGCAGAAUUGUAAAUCUAUACGUGCAAGAAAAUUGAAAUAGCAUUUCAAACAAGGAACUAAAGGCCUAACUUCACAUCAGAUCAUUUGGAACUGAUUUGGUUUAGCAACCCAGUGUUGACUUCAAAAAUAGCUGAAUACUAGAACAAGAUGGACUCUAAUUCACAACCGGAAUCAUCUGAAAACCAAGCUGUACAAGAAAGUGAGGAUCAUCAACAUGUUACUCAGUCCCAAGAAAUGGUUGUGGGAGAAACCAGUGAAAGAGAGGAUUGGUGUCUUGGUGAAGGAUCUGACGAUAACAAGGCUGUACCACAGGAGCCAGAAGAAAAAACAGUUUACAGUGAUGUAGACAUUUGUAAACAACAACAGACAUCAGAUGCCAGACCGAUGCAUGUAGGAGAAGGAGGAGGUUCCAUAAACAUAGUGGGUGGGUCUGGUAUAGUUGCUGCAGUUGGCAACAUAGUUGAUUCUACCAUCAAUAUCAAACAACGAUUAUCAGGUACCCCAGGUGAUGUUACCAAUAUCAUUGAAAAUAAGACCGAGUUUGCAGGAGGACAAAAAAUAACUCAUUAUGGAGACCGGGUACAGAAUGUUUCGCAGUCAUCAAACUUUGUUGCUGGAGGUUUCACAAGUACAGGUCAAACCAUAGAACAUGCAGGACAAGGAUCUGCAAAAGGGGGCAAGGUGAGAAAUGAAAUCAAGGAAACUACGACUUUCCAAGGAGAUCAGAUUACAGAGCACCAUGGUGAUGUGGUUCAAAACAUCUCCGAUUCCAAAGAUUUCUUGGUCUGUGAGGAGAUAGAAGCACAAAGGAUUAUUGUUGGGGCAGCAUCAGUAGCAUGUGAUAGCGGAGACUCGACUGAUAGACAACAAGCCACGUCUCCAGAGAGAAGAUCAGUUGUGAGUGGCUUGUCCAAUGUUGCACUGAUUGACCUAUUGAGAGAGAAGAGUUUUCAGGAAAAAACCAUAUUGAAAAUACAGGAACGAAAUGUAAAUGGCGAUGCCCUUGAAUUUAUAGUGAAAGAUGAGGAGGCUCUGAAUGACAUUGCUUGUGAUCAUGUUGAUAAAUGUAAGCUGAAGGCACUAAUGAAGGAGAAAGCGUAAUAAUCUUUUAUGAGGAUAAAAAGUUUAGAUUUUUUUUCCUUUGUUUAAUGAUGCCACUGGAGCACUUUGAUUAAUUAAUCACAAGCUGUUGGAUAUCAAAUCAGUCUUCUGAGGAAACCUGCUACAUUUUUCCAUCAGCAGCAAGGCAUCUUUUAAGUACAUUCUCACAGACAGGACAGUACAUACUAUGGCCUUUAAAAACCAAUAUUUGGGUACUGGUUAGGGCAUUUAGUUCAGCAGUGAUAGAAAUAAACAGAAUCUUUUACUAGUCCACCGGACAAAUAAAUGCCUAACUACUGGUAUAUCAACUGCUGUGGUGUGUGCUCACCAGUUUGUGGGAGAGUACAUGUAAAAGAUACCUUGCUGCUAAUGGUAAAAUGUAGGUUUUCUCUGUCAGAAUUACCAAUGUGCUCUUGUGAUGUCAUUAACCUUCUGACUACUAGAUUAAUUUUUGACAAAAACCAUGUUGAGUGGGUCCAAGUUUAUAACGAUCAAAUUUAUUGAUUCCUCAAAUGACCGCGAAGUUCCACGAUAAAAUACUCGCUGAAAACUUGCUGAAAUGUUUUUCAACUCAAAAUUCCCAGGUAUUUUCCACUGAAAAAUUAAAAACUAGAUCCAACAUAGUCUUGAUUAAUGUAUUCCCAGUUCUGUUAUUAUUUCCAGUGCCAUAUGUGCAAAACAGUGGGAAAUAUGAAUUGGGGGAUGCACUAUAUACAGUGUACAAUAUGUCGACGAGAUAUCUCGCCUGCAGUAUUCAGAAGGUUAAACAAAGCAAACUUUAACUAUGUUUGUGAUGGAGGUGGGGGGUAGGAGGGCAACCCAAUAGGCCUGACAAGCUUGUUCAGUGCACUGCAUGAAAGCACUGUAAUGAAUGACCUAGAUCUUACCCCUUAAACACUGCUGAAAGUAAUUAGUACACGUAUCCAACAAUAUAAAAUGUUUAGUGAAUAACCAACGAGCUACGAGGAAUUACAAAACAAUAAUUAUCUGCGACGGUGUCCCAAAUGAAUGAAUGUUGUACGGUAUUGGUUUUACAACAUUCAUUCACUAAGGACAGAUAAUUUGUAACUUCUCAUAGCAAGUUGGUUAUUCUCUUUAUUACCCAAUAAUUAAAUUUCUGUUACAUUCAUUACAACGUAACGUCAUCCGAUUGGUCUAGACGUAGCA